GGGGGUUGCCAGAAUUCCGUGCAUUUCCCACAGCUUCUUGAUAUUUCUUCUCCAGAGAAGUUUUAUCCAGUAUCUCCCUUUCAGUGCAACCAAGCUAACUGGGAACUUUAAAACGCCUUCUCAUCAAGACAGUUGCACCCAAGCCCGUUCACGGCGAAUGGGCCCCCAAUGAACCGCAAACGACCCGUCUUCCACCAAAGAAAAGGUAGAAGUCUCGACAAGACCGCCGAAAGCGCAGGCAGUCCUAUCCAGGGGUCAUUUAUACCCGUCUCGUCUAAUCGGACCCGGUCCCUGUCCCCCCGGAAACACAUCUCAAGACAAUCCGUCCAUAUCAACAUGAACUUGACUGAGUAUCAAAUGGACAGGCUCGCUGAUGCAUUUUCCAACUAUGGGAAUAGUCCCAACCGAAAUUUAGCUACGGACGACCGUGACAAUGCAGACCAUUCAUCCCACAAGUCAUCUCACAAGACUCGCUCUACUGCUGGCCAUAGCGACCAGUUUCAAGCUGCCAAUGGGAAGAAAACUUCGUCUUCCCGCUCUCGCAUCCCGGUUCCCGCAGAGCUUGGCGAGUAUGAGCAGCUGCGUGACGACGAGGGUCAAGAGCUUGCUACCCGCGGCAGCUUCUCGACUACCUUCUCCGACCCGAUGCCUCGGGCUCAAGGCCAAAGCCAAAGCCAGGCUGAACUCGAGGCCACGUCCUCCAUCACUGCCGAAGAUGCGAGAAAGUAUGGUGCAUACACAUCAGUGUACCGGUCACGGGCCGUCCCCGCCGCCUCUCACCCCUUAACCCCCGACCGGCUCCUUCUGCAGCCCAUGGAGGAAGAAGACGACACGUUCUCCUCCUCGUUCUACUCUCAGUUCGAUCAACCUACUGUCACCCAUGCCGGGGCACUGCAUCCACAGAAAGGUACCGUUUCACGACAGAUUGACGAUGUCAUCCAAACCUGUAACCAAUGGAAAGGGGCAAAGACGUCCCCGGUUCGUGAACGGGAAAAUCCGCUUGUCAAUCCCGUCGCCCAGGGCGCCAAGUUCGAUGCCCUGCGACAGCCGGAACCCGACAUCAACGCUUACUCCCCACUCAUGACGUACUUCGCCUUCGAAGGCCUACCGGUUCAGAAGAUAGGCGGCAAGACUCUGAUCGGGGAGCAGGGCUGGUUGGAACGACCAGGUGCCACCAAUACUACUGCUGCCGCCGCUGGGACUAAUAAGCAAAAAGCCGCGUCGCCGAAGAAGGCCGGCCUCGGUCUGUUGGACAGCAUCAAGAAAAUGGCCAGGGAAAUGACGGAAAGCAAGACAAGCCGACGAUCGCGCGAGUCCGACAAGAAAACCAAGAGAUCCUCAUCCCGGAUGACCAUCUCGCUAGACCCCCGCGAGCAGAGCCUCCUCUACUGCGAGCUCGAAUUCCACAUCAGCAACGCCCUACACGCCUACAUCACCAACGAGCUCAACCACGGCCGGCUGGACCCAGACAAGCUGAAGCGGGUCGCCGACAGCUGGGCCGGCAAGGGGCGUCCCAAGCUCGACCUGGUGCACCUGCACCUGGACGACUUCCGCUUCUUCGGCCGCCGGCAGGGCAACCCGCUCGAGAUCGCGGGGCUGCUGCACGCCAUGAAGGUCAACGCGCGCGCCAUGCGCAUCCGCACCUUCUGCCAGCCCGAUUCGGUCAUCGCGAAGCAGCUCGUCGAUGCCCAGGCCCUGUUCAACACCAUUGGGUGCUCCGACCACCAGCUCAUCGCCCUUGCCGAGGUGGCGCAGUUCUUCAAGGUCAUUGUCGAGCGGGAGCUGCAUGAUCGGGAGAGGCUGGAGAGGUUGGGUGCGGGAACCUCCGACUCGAUGCCGGCUGAGGGGGCACCGGCGUCGGCGUCGGCGCCAUCGCGGGCUACGGCUGCGGGUAAGGCGACUUUGUUCUCACCUUCGUCGCCUUCGCGCGGUCCGAGUCGCAAGGAUCGUCAGUGGGAAUCGGCACGCCGUCAAGGCGAUCUCUCGGAGGGGAGGGACCGGUCGUGGUAGUUGAUAAAUUCUGUACGACCGGAGUGUCGAUGAUCCGGCGUCGAUAGC